AUGUACUUUUCAGCAGCAGCUUUGCUGGCAGCCAUAUCCGAAUCCAAUUUGUUCAUAGGAGCGACAAACGAAGCAGCAAUGGCGGCGUUCUCCUUCUCGAUACCGGCAGUGUACUUGGACAGCUCCUUGGCGAGCUUGGCUUCGUCCUUCUUGGUGAUGCGGUCCUCUUCCUCCUUGGCACGCUGCUCGUCCCGCUCAGCAGGCUCAACCGCCUUCUCGGUCUCCUCGACCUUCUCGGUCGCUUCCUCCUCUGGAGCGCCAAUUGGCUCCUCGUCCUCGACAACCUCGCCCGCAGCAGUGCUCAAAGGAGCCUCCGAGGCUGCGUCUGUGUUGUCGGCAACCUCUGCCGUCUCCGGCUCUGUCUCCGUCUUUGGUGUCUCCUUUGUCUCGGCAGCCGCCGUAGCUGGCUCCACAGACUCCUUUGUGCCCGAUGAAACGGAACGCUGUGGCUUGCCCCGUGGACGGAACGGAGAAACCCAGCUGUUGUCCUUGGACGUGCUAGCCACACGCUUCAAUUGCGUCACGACGCCAGACUUGGCCGACUUCGAGGCCGGCGGCGUCAACAGGUCUGCGAUUUCUGUCGAGGCCAUGGUAGUGCUGGUAAAUAAGAGUUAG